AUGGCCCUCCCCCCGCCGGCCGCCGCGCCGGCCCCAGGCGCCCUUCUUAACGAGAACCUGGCCGCCCUGCUCCAGCAUUUGAAGAUAUCCUUGCAAACACAAGCCGCCGACGAGGGGCGCCGCACGUGCUUGGAGAUUGCGCCGGGGCUCUGCAGGCAGCUCCAGGUGGCCCUGUCCCCGCACGACUGGCUGCGCUGUGCCGCCCCAGACCCGGCAACGGCGCUCCGGCUAGAACUCGCCGUCUUGUGCCUCGACUUCUGCCCCGAUCAUGGUCUCCAGGUGCAGCUCAUGGAGGCCGUCUCGCUCUACGCGAACCGUCACGUGCCCUGGAGCAACGAGCGGCUCGCGCGGAUCUGCGGGCGCGUGGCCACGGCCCGCUGCGUGCCGCUUCUUGCCGACUUUGCGGACGUUGUGUCCAGGCGCUUUCUAGCGGUCUCGGGCGCCCGGCUCACGACGGUCCGGACGGGCGCAAGCGGGGCACACGGGCGCACUACGGCGGCGGAUCGAAAGGCGGAUAUAAAGGCGGAUUCAAAGACAAAGAUGGCGGAUAUUCAGGCACUGGACAUCCAGACAGGGGACAUUCAGAUACUUGAUAUUCAACUGGACAUACAACUGGAGAGACAGGCACUGGGUAUACAACUGGAUGUUCAGACACUGGACAUUCAUCUGGACAUACAGAAACUGGACAUUCAGACACUGGACAUACAACUGGAUGUUCAGACACUGGACAUUCAUCUGGACAUACAGACACUGGACAUUCAGACAGGGGACAUACAACUGGAUAUUCAGACACUGGACAUUCAUCUGGACAUACAGAAACUGGACAUUCAGACACUGGACAUACAACUGGAUAUUCAGACACUGGACAUUCAUCUGGACAUACAGAAACUGGACAUUCAGACACUGGACAUACAGACACUGGACAUACAACUGGAUAUUCAGACACUGGACAUUCAUCUGGACAUGCAGACACUGGACAUUCAGACAGGGGACAUACAACUGGACAUAUAUCUGGACAUAUAUCUGGACAUUCAGGCACCACACCCAAAAACACCCCACCCAAAAACGCCACACCCAAAAACACCCCACCCAAAAACGCCCCACCCAAAAACGCCCCACCCAAAAACGCCACACCCAAAAACACCCCACACUCGGCGGCUCCAGACGCGGCACACCAAGAUGCGGCCCGCCUCGCCCGCAUUGGGCCUCCGGCUCCGCAGCGCCGCGGAAGAAUCCGAGCGCGCGGCCUGGAAAACGUCCCCGGACGUGACGGCGCUUGCCUCGGCCGUCUUGCUCAUGGCCUGCGACGACACCGGCCAGUACGCGGCCGCGUGCGCGGCGUUCGUGCUCAACGUGUUGGACGACGCAGACCCGCUCUUCCGCGCCCAGGGCUGCUUCCUCCUCCAGCACAUGGUGGCGCUGGGCCACGGCGCGUUCUUGGCGCGCCGCGGGCUCCUCGCCGUGUUUGCGCAGGCCGUGGAAACGUGCUUGACGUACUUGCCGCAGCUCACGCCCGCGCCCGUGUCGCUCCGCUUGCUCCGGGACGCCGCGUACCCGGCGCUCCUCGCCGUGUUGGGCGCCGGCGCCGACACCACGUAUGAAGCGUACUGGGCGGUGCUCGACGGCCAUCUCCUCGCGCUGGUGCGCCACGUGCUGGGCCGCCACAACGACGCGCCGACCAACGCGGUGCUCGCGUUCUUGUUCGACCAGAUCGCGCGGCUCGUCCUCCAGAACUUGCGGCUCGCGGUGCUCGCGGGCGUCUCGCGCUUGAACGCCGUUGUGUGCCACACCUUGGCGGACGCCUUCGUUCUCGAUAGCGAUAACGGCGCGCUCGUGGUGGACGCGGCCUUGCGCGUGCAUGCGGCGCUCCUCGACCUCUGCGCCCAGCACGCCGGGCCCGAGCCGAAGCGGCUUCUCUUGGCCUACCGCCUCGACCUCUUGGCCAGCUGGGCCAUCCUCGCCCGGCGCGUCGUGAAGUACGCGGCCGGCACGCCCGACACCGCGCGGCUCUUGCGGCACAACGUGGCACGCCUCCGGGAAGUGGGCGUGGGCGCCGGCUCGCGGCACGUGGAGCUGGACCUCGCGGCCCUUCUCGCGGCCGCGCCUGCCUUGCGCGACGUGCUCGUGUAG